AUGUCCAGUCAGCAACAGGUGCCGAGCGUGACCCUUAACAACGGUAUGAAGAUGCCCCUUAUUGGCUUGGGUACUUAUCUUACUCCUGACGACGUAGUUCCCGCUGCCGUCGUGGCUGGUAUAAAGACUGGUUACCGUUAUAUCGAUACCGCUUUUAUUUACCAGAACCAUCACGGUGUCGGUCAAGGCAUCAAUCAGGCCAUCAAGGAAGGUCUUGUUACACGCGGGGAGCUCUUUGUCACUACCAAGUUGUGGCUGGUCUAUUACCGCCCUGAUCUAGUGCGACCUGCGGUGGUCCAGUACCUCAAGGAGCUCAACUUGGACUACGUCGACCAGAUCCUGAUGCAUUGGCCUUGUCCCCUCGAGAAGCACGAUCCUGCUCAAGAUCCCGACUGGAAAUGGCCAAUGAAUGCAAAGGGCGAGUUCGAUGCCCUGACCAAUGUCAAGUUGAGCGAUACUUGGAAAGAAUUGGAGAAGUGCGUUGAUGAUGGACUAGUUCGAUCCAUUGGUGUGAGUAACUUCGACACCAAUGAGAUUGAUGAGAUUCUCUCGAUGUGCCGCAUUAAGCCUGUCGUGGAUCAGAUUGAGGUUCAUCCCUACUUCCCUCAAUGGCGUAUGUUGGAUUACUGCAACAAGCACGAUAUCCAUGUUGUGGCCUAUGCUCCUCUAGGAAGUCCAGCUAAUAUGCCGGACGAUGGUUCGAAAAAAUACAACAUCCUAGAGCACCCCGAUAUCGUCGCUAUUGCCAAAGCUCACAACAAAUCUCCCGCCCAGGUUUGUAUAAGGUGGAACAUUCAGCGCGGCAUCACGGUGAUUCCCAAGAGCACUAAGCCUCAUCGUGUUGUUGAGAAUUUCCAAGUGUUCGACUUCGAGCUCUCUUCUCAGGAAAUGGAGACCAUCAAGAACAUCGCUCGCUCUCCUGAGAACCGUCAUCGAACUUUCGACUGUGCUUUCCGCCCCAAUGGUGAACGGGCCUUCGAUCACGUGAAGGAGAUUGAGAAGUCUUACAAGUUCUAA